AUGUCUUCUUCUACGAUCCUCUUUUUCUUCUCUGCUCUCUUCUUCGCUGCCGCUUCCGCGUCACCCCUGGCCGCUCGGGGUACUUGUCAUCCCAACUUUGAGGGCGCCUGCUCUCACUGUGUCUACCCCGAGUGGUGCACUCUCGUGUUCUUUUUCCAACAGAACGGGUCUCCUGUUGUCAGCUAUACUGUCAAGACCGAGGCUAACAACAACUUCGCCGUCGAACUCAAGGGUAAUGCGCUGUUCAUGAACAAUGUUGACUGGUCGGGUAGCAAUGUGAACCAGAAGUGGAUGGUUGACUGCACGAUGUGUUCUACAGACAUCUCUCAGAAGAAGGGCGUCGUCGCUUCGGGAUGCACUAUCACUUCCAACACCAACAACGGAUUGUGUGUUACCGCUAAACCUAAUGCUCAGAUGACAUUGACUCCUUGCUCCAACUCGGGAGACCAGCAGUUCAACUUCUCGGUUUGA